AUGGACACCCGGCAGCUUUUGGCUUGUUUUUCGGGCACUCUAGAGGCCAACCAGGCCGUGCGACGUGAUUCAGAAGCUCAGCUCCGCUCGUUGGUUCAUACUCCUGGUUUUUUAGACGGGUGUCUCGACAUCAUCUCGAACCAUUCCAGCGACAUUUCUUCGCCAGUUAGAAAGGCUGCUGCUGUAUACUUGAAGAACCAUAUAGUCCGCAAAUGGAACGUUGCAGAUCAGGCCGGGAUAGCUCACCAGGACCGAAUUUCCGUCCGUGGUCGUAUUCUUCCCACCAUAGUCGCUGUGGACCAUCAACUAAAACAGCAAUUGGUUCCUGUUUUGAGGACGCUCAUAUCCAAGGAUUUUCCUAACAACUGGCACAGCUUGCUAGCGGACACGGGCGAAUUGCUCCAGCAGGUUCCACAAAACGACGGAGACGACCAAAGUUUUCUGAAAUUGUACACCGGUAUUUUAGCGUUUGCCGAAAUUUCACGCAAGUUCCGCUGGGCCACAAAUAAGGAGAGAGCACUGGAGUUGAGCCCCAUUCUCGUGGUGUUCCCCCAUUUGCUCAGCAUAGGAAAAAGCAUACUUUCAAGCCCGGAAGCCAUCACCGAGGUCCGCGCCGAGAUGCUCAAGUUGAUCCUCAAAGCAUACAAAUUUGUCACCUACUUUGAUCUUCCGGAUGAAUUCCAGAGCCCAGAGUCGUUCUCAGCGUGGGGUGAACUCCAUGGACUGGUUAUAAAUGCGCCCACUCCAGCGUAUGUUCAAAAUUACGACGACCAAGAAAGAUCACUUUUAGAAUUCUCCAAAGCGGUCAAAUGGUCCAUUGCCAACCUAUAUCGUCUCUUCACCCGGUACGCCUCCGAGAGCUUGAGUCGCAAGUUCACAUACACCGGUUUCCAGGACACUUUCACCACCAGUUUUCUUCCGCAUUUGAUAUCCAACUACUUGGGGGCCAUCGACCAAUGGUGUCACCACAAAAAAUGGCUUCCCAGACCAGCUCUUUUCCAUCUACUCCAGUUCCUAUCGCACGCCGUGACCCAGAAACCUUCGUGGCCUAUGCUCCAACCAUAUGCCGACACAUUGGUGUCGCAUUUUGUGUUCCCGUUGGUGUGUCCCAGCGAGUCGGAUUUGGAAAUGUUUGACAGUGAUCCCUUGGAGUAUAUCCACACCAAUUUCGACGUCUACGACGAGUUCAAUACCCCGGAUAUAGCAGCAUUGGGGUUCUUGGCGUCGCUUGUACUGAAGAGAAAAAAGGCUACUUUGGAACCCACCAUGACAUAUAUUUAUACCCAACUUUCCCAGCUUCAGAAUGACGGUUCUCUCGACGGAGCCCGCAAGAAAGAUGGUCUCUUUCGCAUGAUAGGAGCACUCACCCACUACAUAACGGCUCGGUCGCUGCCGUUUUACCCUCAAAUGGAGCAGUUUGUCGGCUCUAUGAUCCUCCCGUCGCUCCAAUCGGAACACGAAUUUCUCCGGGCCCGAACCCUCGAGGUGGUCCAGAAGUUCUCGGAGCUCGAGUUCAACGACGACCACCUCGUGGCUCAAAUCUCACAAGGAAUCCUCACCAAUUUCGACUCCAGCUCGCUUCCUGUUCAAUUGGAAGCUGCUUUGGGGAUCCAAACCUUUUUACAUCUCGAUCUUUUCAAGCUGUCGUUGGCCCAGGUGAUCGUUCCGACGAUGCUGAAGCUCUUGGCUCUUCUGAACGACAUAGAUAACGACGCCAUUCCCGUGGUGAUGCAGGAAUGUGUUGAGAAUUUCGCAGAACAGCUCCAGCCGUUUGGAGUCGAGUUGAUGGAAAAACUCACGGCUCAGUUGUUGCGGUUGGUCACCGAGAUCCACCAAGCCUCCCAGGUGGACGUGGACGAUUAUGAUGGCACGCUGGACCAGCUGGACAAAGUUAUGGCUGCGGUUGGACUUCUCAAUACCGUGAUCACCGUUUUGCUCAGCUUUGAAAAUCUGUAUGAUAUUUGCAUCAAACUCGAGCAGGUUUUUGCGCCGGUAGUGGAAUUUGUGUUGGUGAACAUGGUGGAUGAUUUUUUUGGCGAAGUUGCCGAGCUCAUGGAAAACUCGGUUUUUUUGCUUCGUGCCGUCACUCCUACGAUGUGGACAUGUUUCCACCAUCUUUUUGCAUGUUUCCAGGACGGCGUGGCGUUGAUGUAUUUCGAGGAAUUCAUUCCGUGUCUUCACAACUUUCUUCUCUACGGAAAAGAAGAACUCUUGAAAACACCAGACCUUGCAAACCAGUUUUUCAAGAUUUACACCCUAGUUUUCGAAGGCGAUGCCAACGCAAUUGGUCUCAACGACCUUGCCUUUGCCUGUGAAAUGGCCCAGACUUUCAUCUUGACGCUUCAAACAGAAGCUCACCGGUUCACUGCGCACUUUGUCUCUUCCACCAUCGACACCUACACCACCGUCAAGAGCGCCAGUAUGGUGGGUUACAACAAGUUUGACGUCAACAUGCACGACGUAGUGUUGGCGGCAUUGGUUUACGAUACCAACAAUGUGCUACAAUUGUUGCACCAAAAAGGUGCAUUGGUUCUGUUUUUCCAGCGGUGGUUCAAGUUGAUUCCGGAGCUUCGGCGAGUAUUUGACUUGAAGCUUUCGUUGCUAGCACUUAUCGCUGUGAUUUCCAGCGCCGAAACUCCACUUAUCGACCCAAUACUUGCACAUGCUGGACAAGCGCUCGCACAAAUCAUGGAACGAAUGCCAGAACUGAUUGCCGAAUUGGAGAAAAAACGCAAGAAUUUCACCGAGGGUGCAUCGCAGUUUGACCACGCCGACUUUGACGAUGCCACCGACGACGAAGCAAGCGAUAAUGACAACUACGUAGAAUUUGACGGAGAUCUCGACCACGAUACCAGCGACUAUCUUCAAUUUUUGAAGCUGGAAAACUCUAAACUCAAGCACGAGGGCUACUACAGCGACGACGACGACCAGGUGACCGAGGAUCCGCUUUCAACAAACCCAUUGGAACCGAUAAAUGUGUUUGAAGUGUUUAAGAAUUUUGCGAGCCAGCUUCUGCGGGAUAUGCAAGUUGCCGUUUUUGGCAAUUUGACCAAUGAGCAGCGAGCGACGUUGGAAACGGUUGUGGGGCACUAG